GAGAUUCAGUGGGAGGUGAGGACUAAUGAGACACAGAAUCUUUUCUUUUCUUUUCUUUUCUUUUCUUUUUUUUUUUUUUUCCGGGGCUGGGGACCGAACCCAGGGCCUUGGGCUUGCUAGGCAAGUGCUCUACCACUGGACACAGAAUCUUUUACAGUCUGCCCAAGGGAGUACUCAUUGGCCUCUGUUAAAUGUCUUCCAUGUCAGUUGCUAGCGGAUUCCCAGAAAAGGAUGCAAACCUCAAAAGGGGUAUGUUAGGCCACAUUCACACCUGUGUUCAAGCUUAGACCUGAAGUGGCUACCACAUGACCUAGGUAGAGGUACAUCCAAGUUGAAUUCCGGCUCUGCCAUUUGCGUGGCAGUCUGUCAGUCGGCCCUCACCUGAAGGAUAAAAUGAUUUGGUGAGGUAACACUACUAAAGAGAUGGUCAGUAAAAGGCUACACUACAUCAGGGAACUGAAUUAUUAUUGCCAUUAAUGGCUCCACUAGUCUAAGAGUUCAGGCCCAGCUUGUGUCAGGUUAAGAGAACACAAAGUCCUUUGUAUCCUGGCUUGGAAUUCCAGGGCACAGGGUCUAGAAAUAUGUAUUGGGCCUCAAAGGGUUACUAAGGUCCUGGAGAUAGUGGCCUGAGGUUCCAAGUAAAAAACCAAAGCAUAAAAAUAAUUCGAUGAGUAAGAAUAAAAUUCCCUCUUCUGAGGUACCCGGGGCCAGGCCCCUCCUUGCGGCAGGCAAGCACUUCCCCUUUCCCUAGCUCAUGGAGGAGCCAGGCCCGCUGACUCAGAGGAGAACCACAGCCCUGCUCUUAUCCCGAGACGGAGCGGUUUGGCAGCCACGCACGCCCCCGUGUGGCCACUGCCGGCACUGCAUUCUCAGAAGGAAGGCAGCAGCCAUACUCAAGUCCCGCCGCCCCGUUGAUCCCGGUCCCCGCAUGGGUGCCGCCCUCAACCUAGUUUAGCUUGGCUAAAAGCGAUGCCCAUGAGGGUACCCACUUCCGUCCUACCCUCCCCGCAGCCCCAUAAUCCGGCCCGAGCGGAAGUGCGCUGACCGCGCGGGUCCCCCACGGCAAGAGGCGGAAGCGCCCCCCCCGCGUCGCUCCGUCUAGCCCCCCGGAGCCGGGCGCGUCAGGUUCCGGACUGUCCCUGUGACGUGGCUGCACGCCGGGGGUAGCUCCGGACUGGGGGCCUAGUGGCGGGGCCAGGCGAGGCAGAGCCGGGGCGGGGCGCAAGACUGCAGCUGGAUGGCCCGGCCCGCCCGGAGCGCUGCAUCUGCUGCCGCUGCCACCUCUGCCACCUCUGCCGCUGCACGUGCCCGGCAUGCCUGGAUGUCCCUGCCCUGGCUGUGGUAUGGCAGGCCAGAGGCUCCUCUUCCUCACUGUCCUUGCCCUGGAGCUCCUGGAAAGGGCUGGAGGUUCCCAGCCAGCCCUCCGGAGCCUGGGGGCUGCAGCUGCCUGUCGCCUGGAUAGUAAAGAAAGCGAGUCCUGGGGGGCUCUGCUGAGUGGGGAGCGACUGGACACCUGGAUCUGCUCCCUCUUGGGCUCUCUCAUGGUUGGGCUCAGUGGGGUUUUCCCCUUGCUGGUCAUUCCCCUGGAGAUGGGGACCAUGUUACAAUCAGAAGCUGGAGCCUGGCGCCUGAAGCAGCUGCUCAGCUUUGCCUUAGGUGGACUCCUGGGCAAUGUGUUUCUGCACUUGCUGCCAGAGGCGUGGGCCUACACCUGUAACAUCAGCCCCGCCACUGGCUUGGCAUGGCCUGUUAGUGCUUCCCCUGCAGGUGUUGAAGGGCAGAGUCUGCAGCGACAGCAACAACUGGGGCUGUGGGUCAUCGCUGGCUUCCUGACCUUCCUGGCAUUGGAGAAGAUGUUCCUCAACUGCAAGGAGGAGGACCCUAGCCAGGUCAGUGGCUAUCUCAACCUGCUGGCCAAUACCAUUGACAACUUCACCCAUGGGCUGGCUGUGGCUGCCAGCUUCCUUGUGAGCAAAAAGAUUGGGCUUCUAACCACCAUGGCCAUCCUCCUGCAUGAGAUCCCCCAUGAGGUGGGUGACUUUGCUAUCCUGCUCCGGGCUGGCUUUGACCGAUGGACCGCAGCCAAGCUACAGUUUUCUACAGCCCUGGGAGGCCUUCUGGGGGCCUGCUUUGCCAUCUGUACGCAAUCCCCCAAAGGAGUAGAGGAGACGGUGGUCUGGACCCUGCCCUUUACCUCAGGAGGCUUUCUCUAUGUUGCCCUGGUGAAUGUGCUACCUGACCUCUUGGAGGAAGAUGACCCAUGGCACUCCCUGCAGCAGGUGCUGCUGCUCUGCUCCGGUAUCGUGGUGAUGGUGCUGCUCUCGUUGUUCGUUGAAUAACCACUGCUGACAGCCCACUCUGCAUAGCAAGCAAUAAGAGACUCCAAUUUGUUCUGUGACUAUGUGUGUGAGAGGCAGAGGGUGAAUGGUAGAGCCAGCCUCUCACUGGACAGGGAGUGUGUGGUGUGCACGUGCAGCCAGAGUGUGAGAGAGAGACCGACACUGUGAUCUCUGGGUGCAGAACCCAGAGCCCAACGUAGCAUCUGCCCGGCCACCCCACUGUCACCUAGCAGCAAGGAAUGGCAGUCCCGGUGCCAGCACAAGACUCACUUCUCACUUGACAAAGAAACCAGCCCCAUGAGCCCAGGGCUACAGCUUGAAGAGGGCUAUAGCCCAAAGUUGUUCCUCCUGGGCUCUAGCCAAGAGAGAAGAGAAGGAAAAAGAAAAUAUCCAAACAAAAGCUCUCUGCUCACAUAUCUAAGUUGCCCAAAGCACCUUAGAAGCAGAGGCUACACAGCUUUUCUCUGCUAUCCAUUUUCCUUACCCUUCCUACACCACCUCUACAGCCAAAGAAGGGGGAGGUGGGUGCUUGUAGCCCCAGCCCCACUUAGCACUGAUGUCCUACCCCUCCCCAGCACUGAGCAGGCAAGUGCUCCAAGACCUCUUCCUAGGGACAGCCAGCCUGGCUGGCACAUUUCCCCAACAAAUGCUCCCUGGCCACACGGGCAGCUCUCACCACCUCCGGCUGCCAAACAGCAGUCUGCGAGUCAGUAAGUAGUCCGAGGCUAGCAGUCUCCCAGCCAGCUCUCCCGGAUGCUCCUGCCAGCACAGGGUUCAGCAGGCAUGCAUGCCCCAGGCAGAGAGAAUGAGCCAUGCUGCCCUUUCCUGCUCAGGGCCCCUUGUCCUUUGGGUUAAGUGUAAGACGGGGGUGGUGAAGGCUCCACAUUGUCAGUGCUCAGGAAUGUGAACUGGGAGAACGCUGAAGCCAUAAUCCCCAACUAUUUCCCUUGGCUGAUGCCCAGGUACUCAGCUGGCCCAAUCUACAGCCAGACUCCAGCCCUGCUGCUCAACUGUGGACGUUAGAGAAGAGGCCACUGAAGAAUCUGAAUGAUUGCACAGUUACUCUGUGGUUCAUCUUAUCUGUAAAUAUUUGUUCUGUAGAUAUAAUAAAUAUUACCUAGAUUGGC